AUGUCCAGCCGCAUUCCUCGCAUCUUGCUCUAUGUACUCAGUCGCGACGUCCGCCUUUCAGACAAUCCUGCCUUCCAUGCCGCCUCCCUCCACGCCGCGCGCCCAACUUCCGCGAGAAACUCUCCAAACGGUGACAGACGGCACCGCGAUGACUCGUUGACCUCGGAACACGGCGGCGCAAACUUUACGCACCUCUUACCCGUAUACGUUUUUCCCGCCAACCAAAUCGAAGUGUCCGGCUUCCUCUCCUCCCCAACCGACAAAAGCCCGUAUCCUGAGGCGCGCAGUGAGGUGGCCAAAGUAUGGCGGACAGGACCCCAUCGCGUGCAAUUCAUAGCGGAUGGCGUGUGGGAUCUCAAGGAAAAGAUCGCGGGGCUGAAUUGCGGUUCUGGACUGGAGAUGCGCGUGGGCAGAACGCCUGAGGUGGUUUCCGACAUACUCGACUGGUAUGCCAAAGGCGAGCACGAGGGCAAGAUUAGCGGCAUCUGGAUGACCGCCGACGACAACACAGAAGAGAAGAAGGAGGUAGACAGCGUAAAGAAACUCGCAGAGGAGCAUGGGGUAGAUUUCAAGGCCUGGGCCGACGAGAAGUACUACAUAGACGAUCGCGAUUUACCCUACGACAAGAUCUCCGACCUACCAAAUGUGUAUACCUCAUUCCGGAAAGGACUCGAACCACUGCGCGACCGACCUCGCCAAACUCUACCCACGCCGUCUCAACUUCCACCGCUACCGCCGAGCAUACCGCCCCAAAAACAACCAUUUACCAUACCUUCGUCUUUGGAAAAGCUGAAGAGAGUUUUGAUGUCUCCACUGGAGCACGAUAAAACAUAUACCCUGACCUGGCCACCACAAUGGCCCACCGAUGCUCAGUCAGCGCAUCCUUUCUCGGGAGGAGAAACUGCUGGUCUGGAUCGCAUAAACCAUCUUAUCAGCUCUGGGGCUAUGAGCUCGUACAAGGAGACACGAAACGGCAUGCUUGGUCUCGAUUUCAGCACUAAGCUUUCAGCCUACCUUGCUCAAGGUCACAUCACCGCCAGGCAGGUCCAUUGGGCGAUGCUCGAUUUUGAGGAAGGGCGUGGCCCUGGCGAAAAGAUAGCUGGCUACGGAAAGGGUGAGAAUGCCGGAACAGCAGCUGUACGUUUCGAGCUGUUAUGGAGAGACUACAUGCGACUUUGCAUGAGAAAGUUUGGACAUAAGAUGUUCAGUCUAUACGGCAUCCAAGAUCGCGGUACCAAAGGCAACAAGGGAGAGUCGCAAACAAAGAAGUGGAAACGACUAGACAAGUCUGGUGGUGCUGGGGACGAUCCAGCCAAGACGCUUGAAUCUUUCCAACGAUUCCGUUCUGGACGCACUGGAGUCGGUCUCAUCGACGCGUCAAACCGCGAACUCUUCGUCACCGGGUACACGUCGAACCGCGCGCGGCAAAACGUCGCCUCUUUCCUGUCGUCACACCUGAACAUAGAUUGGAGAGUCGGAGCCGAGUGGUACGAAUGCUUCCUCGUGGACUACGACCCCGCUAGUAACUGGGGCAAUUGGCAAUACGUCGCCGGUGUCGGCAACGACCCACGGCAAGGCCGCGUCUUCAACCCCGUCAAACAAGCGCUCGACUACGACAAGCACGGCGAAUACAUCAAAGCAUGGGUACCGGAACUACGAGGCAUCAAGUUGACACGAACGGUCGGUCCCGGAAAGGAAGAAAUAGACCAACAACGAUUGAUGGGUCUCUACCAAGCCUGGAAGCUCAGUGAUUGGGAGAAGCAGAACUUGGGUCUGAAGGGCGUUGACUGGGUCGAACAGCCGCUCACUAGGAUACAAUUCCAGGUUGGCCGCGGACGUGGUGGCGGUGGACAAGACGGGAGGUCGAAACGAGGCGGUGGAGGCGGAGGCGGAGGCAUGCCUUGGCGGGGGAGAGGAGGAGGAGGUCGUGGCCAGGGUCCUGAUCGCAACUCUCGACGUAGAGACGAUGAUGGCCCUACCAUUGUGAGCAGUGAGCGAGCUUGA